CCCAGUGUCCAUAUCCCGUCUCCAGUGUCCAUAUCCCGUUCCCAAUGUCCAUAUCCCACCCCCUUGCCAUGGCAAUAGGACGCUCUCCUUAAGCCUCUCCCCCGUUGCCGUGGCACUGAGACGCUCACUUUAAGCCCCGCCCCGUUGCCAUGACAACAGAGACGCUCCCUGCAGGCCCCACCCCCGUUGCCACGGCACCGCGACGCUCCCGUGAAGCCACGCCCCGUUACCAUGGCAGCAGCGACGCUCUCUGCAGGCCCCGCCCCCGUUGCCAUGGCACCGCGACGCUUCCUACAGGCCCCGCCCCCGUUGCCAUGGCACCGCGACGCUCUGGCCUGGCCCUCAUGGCGGCCGCGGGGCCGGAUCCGGGGCCGGACGCUGCGCUGGUGUCCCUGUACCGCUGGCUGGACACGGUGCCACUGUCGCGGCCGCGCAGGAACAUCGCCCGCGACUUCAGCGACGGGGUGCUGGCAGCCGAGGUGGUGAAGUUCUUCUUCCCGUCCAUGGUGGAACUGCACAGCUUCGUGCCCACCAGCUCCACGGCGCAGAAAGUCGCCAACUGGGGCCACCUGAACAGGAAAGUGCUGAGUAAGCUGAAUUUCCGCGUCCCGGAGGAGAUGAUCCAGCAGCUGGUCCAGAGCCGGCCGGGAAUGGCCGAGCAGCUCCUGCAGCUCCUGCGGGAGAAAAUCCAGGAGAGGCAGAGGCAGAGGAAGGGAGAGAAUGGGAAGCCCCCAGCAGAGCUGGCAGCGCUGGAGGAGGGCGGAUACCUGGACACAGGCCAUCCCAAGGUCCAGAGUGAUUUGGGAAGGGGCUGCAGCCAGGAGAGGACUGACAGGGAGGCGACAAUCCCUGGGGACAUGCGACAGCAGCUGGCGGAGCGCGAGCAGGCGCUGCAGCUGGCGCGGGACACGAUCCAGAUCCUGCAGGCCAAGGUGGGGCGGCUGGAGCAGCUCCUGCUCCUCAAGAACGUCCGCAUCGACGACCUGAGCCGGCGGCUGCAGCAGCUCCAGGGCCAGCGGCGCUGACAGGCGACAGCGACACCGCUGCCACCACCGGGUGGCACCGCCGUGGCGGCCCGGGGCCAGCCCCAGUGGCUUCCAGUGGCUCCCAGUGGCUCCCAGUUCGCGCAGUUCCCGGCGCGGCUCCGGCUCUGGGAUUAAAGUGUUGGAUCUUG